AUGUGUGAAAUACCAGAUAACUGUCCUAGUCAGAAUGCUUCAGUGAGAGUUAAGAUAAUUUGUUUGGGAGACAGUGCUGUAGGAAAGUCAAAGUUGUUUGAAAGAUUUCUGAUGGACAACUAUCAGCAACACCAACUAUCAACCUAUGCUUUAAAUCUCUACAGAUAUUACACAGAAAUUGAAGGCAAAAAAAUUUUAGUCGAUUUCUGGGAUACUGCUGGACAAGAACGCUUUAAAAGUAUGCAUACCUCCUACUAUCAUCAAGCACAUGCAUGCAUCUUUGUAUUUGAUAUCACUCGAAAGAUCACCUACAGGAAUCUUGAUAAAUGGCUACAAGAUUUACGUGAAAAUCGACCAGAUAUCCCUUGUAUAUGUGUUGCUAAUAAGAUAGACGUUGAAGUAGAUAUGACAAAGAAGACAUUCAAAUUUCCAAAGAAAAACAAGAUGGCAUUUUAUUUUGUUUCAGCUUCAGACGGUACAAAUGUUGUAAAAGCCUUUCGUGAUGCUAUACGGGCUGCAGUUGCGUAUAAAGAAACUUCAACAGAUAUUAUAGAUCAAAUUAUGAAUGAGUUAGAGAAGACAGAAGAAGGAGCAUCUGAAGCGUCCGAAGAUAUUUCACUAGAUCAAGAUUGA